CCUUUAAAACGGAAACGCCAUUAGGCUCGACGGACUCCCGACUCAUAACUGGAGGAGAGAGAGAGAGAGAGAGAGAGAGAAUGGCGAGAGAAGUGUCCGAGAGCUGCGUGGACAGUCUAUUGACGGAGAUGGUGUCGACCUACUGCAACCGAUUCUAUGCCAAUAAGCCUGAUCUCGCCGCCCGCAGUAUCGAGGCCAUUGGUUACCAGGUCGGUCACCAGCUCUCCGAAAGGUACACCAUGGAUAGGCCUCGCUUCAGUGAUCAUUUAGAGGCUAUCAAGUUCAUCUGCAAAGAUUUCUGGUCUGAACUUUUUAAGAAGCAGAUAGACAACUUGAAGACCAAUCAUAGGGGUACAUUUGUAUUGCAAGAUAGUCAGUUUCGUUGGCUUUCCCGCGUAUCGGUUGACCUCUCUGAAAAUGGAGAUGUCUCUCAAGAUAAUCCUGAGGCUACAGCUGAAAACAAGGCGGCGCAAGUGACGAGCAUGCAUCUGUAUUUCCCCUGUGGAAUCAUAAGGGGUGCUCUUUCUAACUUGGGAAUUCCUUGUGCCGUUUCUGCAGAUAUAUCGAACCUACCUGCCUGCUCAUUCGUGGUUCGUAUAAAGGCCUGAAUCACCACUUCUCCAGAGUAUUGGCUUGAACAUUGGCAUUCAUACCAUCAGCAAAUCAUCUACUCAUCGAUUACACAAGCAUUCAGCUUCUUUUUGUUUCUCACCACAGUUUACUUCGUUUGAGACUUGUGUGUGCCAUUUAGCACAGCAGUUAUUUGGAGGAUGUGGUGAAUUUGGCUUUAGAUGUUGGAUACUGUAGUAGAGGCUCUGAUGAUCAGCAUUAUACAGGAGUUGAUGGUGGCAGUAUGGUGGAAAUGAUAAAAAAAAACUGAUAAUGUAUUUGUUCUUUCUUUAGCAAAAAAGAUGUGUAUUUGUUCCUGUACAAGAUGGUGCCUUUGGAAAUUAGCUUCCUAAACAAGGAUAUUUAAUACUAUUUUUUUUUU